AUGGAGGAAGAAGUUGCUGCCCUCGUUAUUGACAAUGGAUCCGGUAUGUGUAAGGCCGGUUUUGCUGGUGAUGAUGCUCCUCGAGCUGUCUUCCCUUCGAUCGUCGGCCGUCCUCGCCAUCAUGGUAUUAUGAUUGGUAUGGGCCAGAAGGACUCCUAUGUUGGUGAUGAAGCACAAUCCAAGCGUGGUAUCCUCACCCUCCGAUACCCCAUCGAGCACGGCGUCGUCACGAACUGGGAUGAUAUGGAGAAGAUCUGGCAUCACACCUUCUACAAUGAACUUCGUGUCGCCCCAGAGGAACAUCCCGUGCGUGUGACUGAGGCCCCCCUCAACCCCAAAAUCAACCGGGAGAAGAGGACCCAAAACGGCUUCGAAAAUUUUAAAGCUCCCGCCUUUUACGUUUCCAUCCAGGUUGGUCUCUUUCUCUUCCCCUCCGGGCGUAACCCCAGUAUCGGCCUUGACUCCGGGGACGGGGGCACCCCACGUUGUCCCCCUCUAUGA